UGUGUGCACAAGCAUGGAAGUAAAAGAAAACUUAGUCAGCUGACACAACUCACAUGGCAACUGCCUAUAUAAACCACACCAUUACAAACUCCUAAACACAACACAAACCAGAUUCCAAAAGCUAUCUCAUUUCUAGACCAUCAAAAUGAGGGUGGGUGCUCAUGAUACCAAGAUGAAGGGGCUCAAGAGGGCUCUCAAAGAGCAAAAGGCUAGGCUCUACAUCAUCCGUCGAUGCGUGGCGAUGCUCCUGAGCUGGCAUGACUGAUCAUCAGUUGGGAUCAAAUUUCUUUACUGUUUCUCUUACUAAUCUCUCUGACUUACUGGCCAGUCUACUGGCUGAAAUUUUGGUCUGUAUCUUUGAUGUAGCAACAGCUGUAUAUAUAACUUGUAAAGGCAGUAAGAUUAGCAAUGAAUGGAAACUUCUGUGUGA